UGCUAGAGCUGUGGGGAGGAGGGAUCUUCUGCAGUGUCACAAUCCAGCUUUUCUUCUCCCUGUCUGAAAAAAAAAAAAUAGAACUCAUAAAUUGCCUUCGGGAGCCCUGACAUGUCCAUGUGCGAUCUUGCAACAUUUUAUUCUUUUUCUGCAACAGUGUUAAUGUCUUAUUGGAAGACUGUUGCUAACCACAGGAACAUGCUGAAGUCAAACCACAUUGCACAAUAGUAAACUGGAGCUCAGAAUAGGAAGAAGAAUGUUACUAAGCUGCAACAUGUGCAAUGCAAAUAUGAAAGAAUAAUAUUUCCUGACAACUGCUGAAGGAAAAGUCUGGAAGAAUUUCAGAGCAUUACACCUAACAGAGCAUGCACUAAGCAUCCAGAACAACACACACUUCAGGAACACUCUGAUUAUUUGCAAUCAGCAGUCAAAGUCCAGCAUUAAACUGACAUCACUGCCUUACUUGUUCCCUGCACAGUGUUUUCCAGGACCUGCUAUGAGCUCUGAGAGUUGGAAAAACUAAGUGUCAGUUGUUCUGAUCUACAUGAUUCUGCCUUUUCUGAUCCCCUAAAAAAAUAAUAAGUAAUGGAUACACUUACUAUUGCUGUGCAGAAGAGGGCCACUGAGUUGGAAGAAAUGGCCGAGAUACUUACCAUCGGUGAACAGUUAAGACUCAGGCUGCACGAGGAGAAAAUUAUUAAAGACAGACGACAUCAUCUAAAGACUUAUCCGAACUGUGUUGUGGCCAAAGAACUGAUUGAUUGGCUCAUCGACCGUAAAGAAGCUGCUGAUAGGGAAACUGCAAUAAAACUUAUGCAAAAAUUAAAUGAUAGUAACAUUAUUCAUCAUGUAUGUGAUGAGUACAAGGAAUUCAAAGACGCCAAGCUUUUUUACCGCUUUAGAAAGGAUGACGGAACUUUUCCCCUAGACCAGGAAGUGAAGGUUUUCAUGCGAGGACAGCGACUAUAUGAAAAGAUUAUGAAUACGGGAAAACACACUUUGCAAGCAAGAGAUGAGGAAGGUGUAAAAUACGAACGUUCUUUUGUAGCUUCUGAAUUUGUUAACUGGCUGGUUUAUGAACAAGAGGCAAAAUCAAGAACUGAAGCUGAUCAGCUCUGCAGAAGAUUGCUGGAGCAUGCAAUCAUUCAAACAUGCCAUGUGUCUAGCAAGCAUCAUUUUGUGGACAGUGGUCUCUUGUACCAGUUCCGGUUGAACUUCAGAAGAAGAAGGCGACUUAUGGAGCUCCUUACUGAAAAAUCCCAGACUGUGCUGGAAAGUCACGACAGUCCCUUCUGUCUGCGCAAGCAAAGCCAUGAUAAAUCUACAAGCUUUCUCUCUGUAAGUCCAUCCAAGGAGAUUAAGAUUGUAUCAGCUGUGAGAAGAAGCAGCAUGAGUAGCAUUGGAAGUAGUGGAUACUUCAGCAGUAGUCCCACACUCAGUAGUAGCCCACCAGUUGUACUCUGCAAUCCAAAGUCUGUUCUGAAAAGACCGGUUACUGUGGAUGAACUCCUGGCACCAGUCGCUCCCUACACAAGAAAGACUCUGACUGUUGUCAGUGAUGCCGUAGGAUGGGGGUUUGUGGUGCGCGGGAAUAAACCGUGCCAUAUUCAAGCGGUGGAUCCAAGUGGUCCUGCAGCUGCUGCAGGCAUGAAGAUCUGCCAGUUUGUCGUUUCUGUGAAUGGACUCAACGUUCUUCAUUGUGACUUUCGAACAGUAAGCAACUUAAUCCUAACUGGUCCUCGGACUAUAGUCAUGGAAGUGAUGGAGGAACUGAAUGUAUGAGCAGAAUAAUCUGCGAGAGAUAUGUGGCGUGCCAAGUAAUAUUGUGAAACAAAAAACUUCACUAAUGUUGGGAAAAUUAUCAGCUUGUUCCAAACCUUUAUUUUUUGGUGGUUUUGACUUAAAGCCUGAUAAGAAACAGUAGCAGCUACAUGAUAAAACUUGAAAAUAAGAUGACGUUAUUUGCCAUAUAUGUCCACAUAAUUAAUAAGCUGUGCGAAAAUUCUUUAUGUACUGUAAAUGUAUGUCUUUGUUUAUCUAAUAUCUUGUUGAGAAUUUUAAUGAAUGUCUAAUAUGUUUUUAAGUGCCAUUACAGAAUUGACAUGAUUUUAUUAUAUAUUGCUAAGAAAUUAUAAUCGUAUGUACAGAGACAAAUUCUGUAGAGUGUAUGUAUAUAUGUAUGUAUGCAAGCUGCUUCUUGUAAUCUCUUUAUCCAGGAAUUCAACAAAUGAGACCAUAUGGAACUUAUUUCAAUGGAAAUAAAAACAAACAAAAAAAAAACUUGAAUCAAAUUAUAUACAAUUGAUUGUACUUUUACGAAGAUUAUAUGAAAGGUUCACUUUCAUGCAAAGGGAAACAUUUUCUUAUUGGUACAUUUUUUUACAAUAAUUUAAAGGUAAAAUUUUUAUACCAUUUAACACAAGUUCCAAUCAUAUUGUAUAUGUUCGUUUGGUUACAUUUUAUAAAGACAAGAAAUGCAAGCCUAAUUCAAAAGGUUUAGCAUUCCAUACACUGCUGACAAAUAUGCUGUUAAUUGUUUUCUGGGUGGAAAAAAAUGUUGAAUAUAAAUAAAUCUAUGAAAUAUAUUUAGUUAUUGUUUUUAAGUAUUUUCAUUUAUAAUGUUUCAGGCAGUUUCUUAAUAUUGUUGCAGCGGGGAGGUUCCUAUGGUGUCUGGAAUUUAUGUUCAAUUCACAAAGCUAAUUUAUAAAUAUAUAAACAAUCAUCUUAUUGCCAAAUAAUUGGUAUAGCAAAUCAGAUGUGAGAUAUAUGGUAACAUGUAAAUCAUUAAUUAAAAAAUAUAUUGAAUAUUUGUAGAAUGUACUAGAGGUAAAGUCAACUUAAUAAUUCUGUCCAGAACUUUUUUUGAAUACUGUUUAAUUGUAACACAUUUAGAUGAUUGACAAUAAACAUUUAAUAUAACACUUA